GAAAGAAAGCGAGAAAUCGCUGAAGUGGAUGUAGAAAGACACCACCAACAGUCUGUACCAGCCACAACAGAAAAAGCCAGAGUAAAGAGGGACGUGAUAGGAAGAAAAAAGAGAGAUCCUGGCGCAUAAACCCCUGAUCACCAACUAUCUCCAAGCCCCACAAUGCGUAGCAAUCACCAACACAUUUAUCCUACAAUUACAAGUAAUCCUUGUUCUUCACGAUCCUGCAAGCAGCUCCUCUCCACCAUCUCAACACGCAGCUCUAAUCAAACACCCACUGAGCAGGAAAGGCGGUGGUGUUGCUAAAAAGAGGAGGAGAAGGAGGAGAUUGGAGGGUGAGGUAUGAGAAGUGGAGUUUGCAUAGUGCAGCAGGCUCUCACUGAUGAGGUUGCCUCGGUCCUCAAGCUCUCGGUCAACUUGGCCAGGAGGAGAGGCCACGCCCAGGUCACACCCCUUCAUGUUGCUGCCAUCGUUAUCAGCACCUCCUCUGCCUCCACUGAUGUUCUUAGGAGAGCUUGCCUCAAGUCCCAGCCUCACCACCCAACCACCCACCCUCUUCGGUGCAGAGCCCUUGAGCUCUGCUUCAAUGUGGCCCUCAACCGGCUUCCCACCACCGCUCCUCCUUCUUCUGCCUCUCUCCUUCCCUCCCCUUCCUCCCUCUCAAAUUCCCUCAUUGCAGCUCUCAAGAGGGCCCAGGCCAACCAGAGGAGGGGCGGCAUUGAGCUGCAACAAUUGCAGCAGCAGCCUCUGUUUGCCAUCAAGGUGGAGAUGGAGCAGCUCAUGCUCUCCAUUCUGGAUGACCCUAGUGUGAGCAGGGUGAUGAAGGAGGCUGGCUUCUCUAGCAGCUUUGUCAAGAGUAACCUUGAGGAAGAGGCUUCGACUUUGAACCAAUCCUCUCCGUUUCUGUUGGACUCUAGCAAGGACAUUACCAACGCCAGCAGAGAGAUGUGGCAAUCCCCACUUCUGGGUCUUGCUUCUAAGGUCUCCGUGAGCGAGGACUUGACGUCGGUCAUUGGGACGAUGAUAAGCAAGCAGGGAAGGAAGGACAACACUGUGGUGGUCGGGGACUCUAUCUCCAUGACGGAGGGCCUUGUGGAUGAGCUGAAGCGGAGGCUGGAGAGAUAUGAGGUUCCUGAUGAGCUCAUGCACGCCGGUUUCAUUAAUCUUCAGUUCUCUGUCCAUCCCAGGCUGAUGAGCCAGGGCGAAGUGGACAUGAAGAUGGCUGAUCUCAGAAAAGCCAUCAAUUCUCUAACAUCAUAUACAGUUGGACUCAUAAUCUAUGCAGGGGAUUUGAGUUGGGCAGUGAAUGAGGAACCAAUAGAUGGAAGCGGAUUCAACUACGACCCAGUGGAGCAUAUUGUUGUGGAGAUGGGGAAUAUUUUCUCCGAGUUCAAGAGCAGCAUGAACAACCGGGUAUGGUUAUUGGCUACCGCAAGCUACAGCACGUACACGAAGUGCCUAAUAAGGCAGCCAUGUCUUGUGACUCUAUGGGCCCUUAAAGCUGUGGUGGUUCCCUCAGGUUGGCUUGGCUUGGGUCUCCAAGCUUCCAGUUGCCUAAACUCAAAGGUGUCAACAUUUGCUGAGUCCCCAUUUCAACUGCUCCAGUCCAAGAUUUUUAGCUCAAAGCCACAGGAGAAGCUGCUUUGUUGUGACGAAUGCACAUUUAACUUUGAAAAAGAAGCGUCAGUUUUCAAGUCAGAAAUCCCAUGCUGGCUCCAAGCAAACCCUGAGAGCAAUCAGAAGGAAGCCUUGCCAGAAUUGAAUUCAGGUUGGCCUAACAGCAUGUUCUGCAACCAAAACAAAACCUUGAUCGAAUCUCAAUCAUUAUCUUUCCCUUCAACCAUUCAAAAUGUUUAUACUGAAGAAGUGCUCAAACGUGAAGGAUGUCAAUGACAUU